AGCAAGCUGUAUCAGAUUAGUUCCAUCUUUCAGUUAUAUUUUCCAAACACUCUCCUUCGUAUUUAAGAAACCCUGCCUCCUGUUGUGACUUUGGAUCGUCAUAGCUUCUAGUGUUCAAGAAACUUUGGCCUUCAGCGGUGGUGAUUACCGCGGACUGUGGCCCUUCGAAAGUGACCAUGGCCGAGAGUCGACAUGAGCUGAGAUCGAAGCUUCGGAACGUGAUGAAGCGUGUAGCUGAACGCCCGUUCGAUUCACCUAUGGAGAAGGACCGUCGCAAAUUGCGCUAUUUGCGGUUAGCAUUGAGCGGAGAUCAGUUGUUUAAGGACGGUGCGACAUGCGAUUGUGGCGGACGGUUGGGCUGUUGGCCAUGUGAAGAUAAUGGCAAUGGAAACAGGAACAGACAAUAUGUCAAAUGCGAUUCGUGUUCGUUUCUAUGCGCAAAUGACCUGGACCAUUGCUAUGUCGGGAAUCCUCUUUGUGGCUGUGGCUUUCCUAGCCGCACACAGCAUCAGCGUUUUGGAUCUCAUCAUCGCAACGUGUGCGCAUUCGAAAGGGGUAAAUGCUGGGUCGUUUUGAGACGGUCUCCAGUCUACCGUCAUCGGAGGUCGAGUCGGCGUUGGUGAAAGGUGUACCAAAUUGAUGGACUAAGCAGGAAUCUGGUUGUAUUGAUCCUGGUGGAUUUAUUAAUUCUGACUGGUGUGCCUACUCCAAGACUAUUCAGUCUUUCGGAAAUCUAUAUAUUUAUCGCACCUUGAUUCAUUAAGAUAAACUAGGUGAAAUGUAGAGAUGUGGUCAAUCUAAGGGGAAAAUACACUUAUUCUGC